GGUUGUGUUAUGGAUAAGGGAUAAGGAUUUGAUACGCAAAUCAGCCAAUGAGAUAAGAGGGCCUUCAACAGCCACAACCUUGAUCUUGCACUUAGCCAGUUCGGUCCCUCACUUAAGCCACUGUGUGGAACUAACAACAACACAAGGCCAUCAUCAUGGCAGCUGCUUCUCCUAUGGCAAGCCAACUCAAGUCCACCUUCACUAAAACUCUUGUAGCUCCCAAGGGCCUCUCUGCCUCUUCACCACUCCACCUCCUGCCUUCUAAGAGGCAAUUUAGCUUCACUGUUAGGGCCAUCCAAUCAGAAAAGCCAACCUAUCAAGUGAUUCAACCAAUCAACGGUGAUCCCUUCAUUGGAAGCCUUGAAACCCCAGUUACAUCCAGCCCCUUGAUUGCAUGGUACUUAUCGAACCUCCCCGCAUACAGGACCGCAGUGAGCCCACUACUAAGAGGGAUCGAGGUGGGCCUGGCCCAUGGCUACCUUCUGGUGGGCCCAUUCGUGAAGGCCGGGCCUCUGAGGAACACCGAGAUCGCCGGGCAAGCGGGCUCUCUCGCCGCUGGUGGGCUUGUGGUGAUCCUCAGCCUUUGCCUCACAAUCUAUGGGAUUUCAUCUUUUAACGAAGGAGACCCAUCCACUGCCCCGUCACUGACCUUGACGGGCCGCAAGAAGGAGCCCGAUCAGCUCCAAACUGCUGAUGGGUGGGCCAAGUUCACCGGAGGCUUCUUCUUCGGAGGCAUUUCGGGUGUUAUUUGGGCCUACUUCCUCCUCUACGUCUUGGACCUUCCAUACUACAUCAAGUGAAGAAAGUGCUUAUUAUCUUUGUUUACUUUUUGUUGUUAUUCAUUCUCUAUGAAUGGACAAUGGGUGGAAAUGGAUCCUUAUUUGUGCAAUAGAGAUGGAUGUAAAUGAUGUAUUGUAUGACUCUCAACAUGUUACAAUGUUAAAUUCUCUCUCUCCUGUUCUGGCCUUCUUUUAAUAGAUCAAUUUGUCAAUUA